ACAGCAGAAACAAUUCACAACCACUUCAAAACUGGGAAACCGUCAGAUUCUGUAGAGGACGAAUCAAUAGACUCACAAGAUGAAGGCUGUGUUCCUGACUCUUCUCCUUGGCCUGGUUUGUGCUGCCCAAGAAGCCCCAGCUCAGCCAGAAGCCUCAGAGAUUACGGGAAACUGGUACACCAUUUACAUGGCUGCGGAUAACAAGGAGAAGAUUGAGGAAGGAGGCCCACUGAGGACAUACUUCCGUCGAUUUGAAUGCAUUGACAACUGUGAAAAACUGUCCAUUAGUUUUAUUCUCACGAAUUAUGAUAGCUGCACCUUAAUCACAGUAGUGGCGCAGAGAGGAGAAGGAAAUGUUUACCAUGUAGAUUACAUGGGUAAAAAUUCUGUGCAACUGAUCCCCGUAUCACAAACCAUGUUGGUAUUCUAUGCUCAAAACUUUGAUGGAGAGAAGACCACAAAAGUGACUUAUGCCGUCGGCAAAGGAGACAGUUUGAGUCAAGAAGAUAUUCAGAAGUAUGAGGAAAUGAACAACGAAAGGGGCAUUCCAAAUGAAAAUACAGAAGAUGGCGCCCAUACAGACCACUGUCCCAAAUAAGAACUGAGAACCUCCGUUGGCAUCAUGUUGAUCCUAAUCAUCUCAACAACAUCUUAAAUUUUUUCAUGUUUAAUGAAGAAAAUGAAAUAAGAAUAUGAGAAGCAUCGCAUCACUAAUGUGUCACAAUCAUCCACAUGAAGAUUAGAGAUCUUUUCCUUGAAAUCGUCCUUUCUUCUCUCCCAGGAAAUCAUGAUUCUGGCCCCAUGGUUUUCCUGCCAAAAAUCUCCUCUCCUCUUGCUGAUGUUACUGAAUUCCUAAACUGUUCAAUAAAAUGAUUAGUACGCA